AAAUUAGUAUAUCAUUUUUAUCAAUUUAUAAAGUAGUAUGAACAAAUAUUACAUAUCGUGUCUACAGAUUAGUAUUUAAAGGCAAGCUCGAAGUAAUUCGCGUCAGUUGCUUUGAUGAAAGUGUUCGCAAACACAUCAUUUCGUGCAGUAUAAUUUCUUCUUCAUCUUUCGUUAUAUUUAGUUAAAAUCUCCGAACAAUUAUUGUUUCAUGAUAUUUAUAUAAUUUUCUUUAACACUGUAAUCAAUAUGACAAAAGAAAUUGAUUGGACAUCAGCCGAUAAUAUUUUCAAAACAUUUGAUUUAAACAAAGACAGUAUAAUCGAUGAAAAAAAAUUUUUUCUUUUAUGCAAGGAACUUUACGAUGAAAAAGAAGUCAAUGAAAAUGAAUGGAGAGUUAAAGAAAUGUUCAAGAUAUUUAGCUUGAAUGAUCAGAAAGGAUUAGAAAUAUCAAAAUGGAUAAGAUGCUUUACAAAAUGGAUUAAAAAAAAACCUGUAAAUGUAUUAAUAGUAGUCGAUGUACAAAACGACUUUAUUGAUGGAAAUUUAGCAUUACCUAAUCGAACGGGUUACGAAGUAAUAAAACCAAUUAAUCGUUUGUUGAAACAAGCUCGUUGGGACCAAGUUAUUUAUUCAUUCGAUUGGCAUCCUGAGAACCACAUUAGUUUUUACGACAAUCUUGCUAAACGAAAACUUCAUCCGUCAUCUAAAAUUACAAAAGAAAAAGCUAAGCCAUUUAAUACCGUUACUUUUUUAAAACCGCACAUAGAACAAAUACUUUGGCCAAAACAUUGUGUAAUGAACUCAUGGGGCGCAAAAUUAAAUAAUGAUCUAUAUAUAUUACCAAACUCUAUACAAAUAUAUAAGGGCCAAGAUCCAGAUAGCGAUGCUUACUCGAUUUUCACAAAAGAAAAUCAGGAAAUAAUUUUAUCGAAAAUCAAAGCCACAGAUUUGUACAUUUGUGGAUUGGCCUCAGACGUUUGCGUGAAAGAAACAUGUCUCGAGGGAUUGAAACUGGGCUAUAAUGUCAUUAUGAUCGAGGAUAGCUGCCGCGGUAUCGAUAAGAACAAAACAGAAGAAGCUAAAAAAUUAAUUAUGGAAAACGGUGGUUUGGUGACAAAUAGUAAUCACGUUUUGUCUCUUGUAAACGAAGGAAAACGAAGUUUGAUUCUUGAUCAUCACGCUUCGAACAAGCCUUCUGUAAAAACUUGUAUUUCCAUUGAUGACAAAAACGCAUUAGUGAACUAAUCUGUUCUUCAUAAUCAUAGAUAGAAACGAUGUUAAUUCUAACGAAACGGUUCUUUUAAUCUUAGCUCUUGUCAUAUUCUUUAAAUCAAGUAUUAGUAGUUUAAUAAUUUUUCAAAGUAUUCUUCCAAAAUAAAUCCAUUUUUUUUUUAAAUAAAUAUUUUUUAUUAAAUAAUAGCUAUAUAUAUAUGUAAUGGCAGCAGAUUUACUGGCAGAAAAUGGAGGCGAUAUAUUUUUAAUUUAAUACUUGAUAUAAUAAUUUACAUAAUUUUUAUUUUAUAAUUUUUAUUUCUGUAUUUGCGGUAAUCAAAUUCUGACUUCAUCAAUUACAUAAAGAGUUAAAUCUAAAAAUUUUAGAACCCCAUUAAAAAAACAUUUUAGAACUCUUGAAGACUAAAUUCACCAAUGUCUAUAUCUUUCAGGAUAUCUAAAUUAAAUGAAUAAAAUGUUAUUAAAAACUUAAUGCAUGGAAUUCAAACGCAUUCGUAACGAUAUUGUAUACCGAUUAACGAAAUUGAAUACACGACACGCGAUAUAUAAAAAAGAAAUUUUUGGAAAUCGAAUGUGUAUUGUAUUUCAUAUAAAUAAUAAAACAAUUCUAGAG